AUAUUGACGACUGUGUGGGACAGUGUCAGAAUGGAGGAACUUGUAAGGAUUUAGUGAACGGUUAUCGCUGUCUCUGUCCACCUGGCUAUAUCGGGGAUCACUGUGAGAGAGACAUCAAUGAGUGCGCAAGCAACCCUUGUUUGAAUGGGGGCCACUGCCAAGAUGAAAUCAAUGGCUUCCAAUGUCUCUGCCUGGCUGGUUUCUCGGGAAACAUCUGUCAGUUGGACGUAGAUUAUUGCGAGCCCAACCCUUGCCAGAAUGGGGCCCAGUGCUUCAAUUACGAGAGCGAUUAUUUCUGCAGCAACUGUCCGGAUGAUUACGAGGGCAAGAACUGUUCCCACCUCAAAGAUCACUGCCGCUCAACUCCUUGUGAAGUGAUUGACAGCUGUACUGUUGCUGUCGCUUCCAACAGCACCCCAGAAGGGGUUCGCUAUAUCUCUUCCAAUGUUUGUGGCCCUCACGGCAAGUGCAAGAGCCAGUCGGGCGGCAAGUUUACUUGUGAAUGCAACAAAGGCUUCACUGGCACCUACUGUCAUGAAAAUAUCAAUGACUGUCAGAGCAACCCAUGUAAAAAUGGGGGCACGUGCAUUGACGGCAUCAACUCCUACAAGUGUAUUUGUAGUGACGGCUGGGAAGGCACCUUCUGUGAAGCAAAUAUCAAUGAUUGCAGUAAAAGCCCUUGUCACAAUGGAGGGACGUGCCGAGACUUGGUCAAUGACUUUUUCUGUGAAUGUAAAAAUGGCUGGAAAGGGAAAACUUGCCACUCACGUGACAGUCAGUGCGACGAAGCCACGUGCAACAACGGAGGGACGUGUUACGAUGAGGGCAACGUCUUCAAGUGCAUGUGCCCUGCAGGAUGGGAUGGAGCCACUUGCAAUAUAGCACGCAACAGCAGCUGCCUGCCAAGCCCCUGCCAUAAUGGGGGAACAUGCGUUGUAAGUGGAGAGUCUUUCACAUGCGUUUGCAAAGAAGGCUGGGAAGGACCUACGUGCACGCAGAAUACAAAUGACUGCAGUCCACAUCCUUGCUACAAUAAUGGAAACUGUGUGGAUGGAGAAAAUUGGUACCGCUGUGAAUGUGCUCCAGGUUUUGCAGGUCCUGACUGCAGAAUAAAUAUCAAUGAAUGUCAGUCUUCACCUUGUGCUUUUGGAGCUACAUGUAUAGAUGAAAUCAAUGGAUAUCGCUGUAUUUGUCCACCUGGCCGCGGUGGUCCCAUAUGUCAAGAAGUUUCAGGAAGACCCUGCAUUGCCAGUGGGCAUAUUAUUCCAGAUGGUUCAAAGUGGGAUGACGAAUGCAACAGCUGUCAGUGUGUGAAUGGAAAAGUCUCCUGUUCUAAGGUCUGGUGCGGCCCAAAGCCUUGUGUGAUAAACGCCAAGGGCCACAGUGAAUGUCCCGCAGGCCACACCUGUCAUCCUGUUAAAGCCGAUCACUGCUUUGUCCCACCCUGUGACAACGCGGGCGAAUGCUGGCCAUCGAAUCAACAGCCGGUGAAAAUGACCUGCAGCUCUGAUUCUUACUACCAGGAACAUUGUGCUAACAUUACCUUCACCUUCAACAAAGAGAUGAUGACUCCAGGUCUGACAACCGAGCAUAUCUGCAGCGAGCUGCGGAACCUGAAUAUCCUGAGGAAUGUCUCCAUUGAAUAUGCUCUGUAUAUCACCUGUGAGCCAUCGCAUUUGGCAAGCAAUGAAAUUCACGUGGCAAUCUCUGCUGAAGAUAUCCAGGAGGAAAAUAAUCCAGUAAAGGAAAUAACUGAUAAAAUUAUCGAUCUGGUCAGCAAACGUGAUGGGAAUAGCACCCUUAUUGCAGCUGUUGCAGAAGUCCGGGUCCAGAGGCGGCCAAUUAAGAGCAAAACAGAUUUCUUGGUCCCGUUACUCAGCUCCAUUUUAACUGUGGCUUGGAUCUGUUGCCUGGUCACUGCCUUUUACUGGUGCAUCCGGAAGCGGCGAAAGCAGAGCACUCACACACACACCGCCUCGGAAGACAACACCACCAACAACGUGCGGGAGCAACUGAACCAGAUCAAGAACCCCAUAGAGAAACACGGGGCCAAUGCUGUGCCGAUCAAAGACUAUGAGAACAAGAACUCCAAAAUUGCCAAAAUAAGGACACACAAUUCAGAGGUGGAAGAAGAUGACAUGGACAAGCACCAGCAGAAAACCCGAUUUGCCAAACAGGCAACCUACACGUUAGUAGACAGAGAUGAAAAGCCACCCAACGGCACGCCUACAAAACACCCAAAUUGGACAAACAAACAAGACAACCGGGACUUGGAAAAUGCACAAAGCCUAAACCGAAUGGAAUAUAUUGUAUAGCAGACAGCAGGUGCUGCCGUGCAGGGCCUUUACCUAUCAAUCUAAGGCAACUCGGAGCUUGUAGUUCUUAAAACGGUUGUGUAAUAUUUUGAGUCUAAGGCUAUUAUUUGCUUAAUAUCCCUGUGUUAAUUUAAAGUUUUGACAAGCUGGCUUACACUGGCAGUGAUAGUUGCUGUGGUUGGCUGGAUUACCAAGUGCUGCAUUUCACAUCUAUGCAAAACUAGUCAAAAAGUGCCCCCUCUGUCAAUUCAGCCGCAGCCGACGCAUCCCAGAAAGGUUUCAUAAGGAACCGCUAGGAUUUUAUUUUGCUUUUUUUUUCCUGGAGUGGGAAAGAAAUAUAUACAUAUUGGUGGGUCUGUUCGUUUUUUUUGUUUGUCCCCCCCCCCCAACUUCCUUCUCUCUCGAGAAAUCACAGUCUGUAGUCUUAGAAGAAAAAGUAUGUUUUAUUUAUUUAUUGAAUUAGAGUUCUUUUGUAUAUUGGUUUUAUGAUGACAUGCAACUAGUUCUGUAUUUGAAAGUGCCUUUGCAGCUCAGAACCACAGCAACUAUCAAAAAAAAAGUUUAUUAUUUAUUUUUUUAUGGUAUUUUUUUUUUUUUUUGUUUCGUUUCGUUUUGUUCGCGGGAAGGGAGGGACCAGGAAGAUUCAUUGUCAGCAGUUGCUGGUAAAAAAAAUAAUGAAGAAUUGAGAGGAAAAUGUGUCAAAAGUAGAAGUUUGUAUAGUUAUGUAAAUAAUUCUUUUUUAUUAAUCACUGUGUAUAUUUGAUUUAUUAACUUAAUAAUCAAGAGCCUUAAAUAUCAUUCCUUUUUUUAUUUAUAUGUAUGUGUUUAGAGCUGAAGGUUUUUCAUAGCAUUGUAUUGCUUAUGGCUUCUUUACUUUUUUACCUUUUUUUGUUGUUACAUGUUGCCUGCAUGCCAAAAUUUAAAUGUUCUGAAUUUCGUUUUGUCUUAUUUUUAAUUUUUAACAAUAGGAAGGGCUUUCUAGCCUUCGAUGCUGACUUUUUUGUAUGAUGUCAAAUGUGUCUCUUUUAUUCCUUUGGAAACAUCUUCCAUAGUAUCACAUUCAUAUAUUUUUUUGUAAAAUACCAGCCAAGGCAGUUAGAUCUAGUUUUCUCUCUCUCUCUCUCUCUUUUUCUGGCUGCUUUAAAGAUGGGGUGGGAGGGAAGGAAGGAAAGGAUGACAGACAGAUCACCUGCUUCAGAGCAGCUUAAGGGAACACUAAAGGAGCUAUAACUUCUGUAGAUGAAAUGUGAGAGUUGUGAGUGGUUGCAUGUAAUUUAAAAAAAAACUGAAUUAGUGUGUGAAGUUGGAAGCACCAAAAUCUUACUUUGUAAACUCUUGAUUUUCCCCCCACCAAAAAUAGUAUAAAACUGAACCACUUGUAGAUUUGAUUUCUUUCUUCCUUUUUUUUUGUAAUCUACUGUAUGUAGAAAGUAUUCUAAUAAGCUAGUCAUUGAAUACUUGAACAGUAGAACGUCCAGUAAGAUCACUGUGUAGAUUU